ACUCGGAAGUUUGCAGUUUUGUCGCUAAGAGUGUGCAGUUGGCUGAAGAUAGUCUAGUAAAGUUGUCAAAGAUAAUGAAUCUUACAGUCCGAACUUGUGGACCAGAUUUCUGCUGUGUGAGGCACUGCACAGCAAAAGCUGAGCUGUCCGGCGUAGAAGCUGUAUCCUCAACAGAGAGGAAGGACCAACAGCAGGCAGCACAGGGAAAUGAAAUGCCAGCCUGCAAAUCAACAAGCUGGGAAGAUGGUGACUGGGGAACCUGGGAUGAAGCAGAAUUACAAGAACCUGAAGAAGAGGAAUCUAAUUCUAAGAACCAGAGAAAUUACUGGCUUCAGGACUGUGUGUUGUCCUUGUCACCAACAAAUGACCUGAUGGUAAUAGCUAAUGAACAGAAAGCAGUCUUCUUAGUGUCUAAAUGGAAGCACAGUGACAAAGGAAAAGAGGAGAUGCAAUAUACUGUUGGCUGGAGUGGCUCUCUCAAUGUUGAAGAAGGUGAAUGUGUGAGUAGCGUAUUGUGUAUCCCAUUGGCAAGUCAGAAGAGGAGUUCCACAGGGCGUCCUGACUGGACCUGCAUUGUGGUUGGCUUCACCUCUGGCUAUGUUCGUUUUUACACUGAGAGUGGAGUACUGCUUCUUGCACAGCUUUUAAAUGAAGAUCCUGUCCUACAGCUUAAGUGCAGAACCUAUGAAAUUCCCAGACAUCCUGGUGUCACAGAACAGAAUGAAGAGCUAAGUAUCUUGUACCCAGCAGCAAUUGUGACAAUUGAUGGUUUCAGCCUCUUUCAGUCUCUUCGUGCGUGUCGCAAUCAGGUAGCAAGAGCUGCAGCAUCUGGCAAUGAGAAUGUUCAACCUCCACCAUUAGCUUAUAAGAAAUGGGGUUUGCAAGAUGUGGAUACGAUUGUUGACCAUGCUAGUAUUGGCAUCAUGACACUGUCUCCUUUUGAUCAAAUGAAGACUGCCUCCAAUAUAGGUGGAUAUAAUGCAGCUAUAAAAAACAGCCCACCUGCUAUGUCUCAGUAUGUUACUGUUGGAUCCAAUCCUUUCACUGGUUUCUUUUUUGCCCUCGAGGGUAGCUCACAGCCACUGUUGUCUCAUGUUGCCUUAGCAGUUGCAAGUAAACUGACUUCAGCAUUAUUUAAUGCUGCCAGUGGCUGGCUUGGUUGGAAAAGUAAACAUGAAGAAGAACCUGCCCAAAAACAGAAGCCAAAAGUUGAACCAGCGACCCCAUUGGCAGUGAGGUUUGGACUUCCAGAUUCCCGUCGCCAUGGUGAAAGAAUAUGUCUUUCUCCAUGUAACACUUUGGCAGCAGUAACAGAUGAUUUUGGAAGGGUGAUUUUGCUGGAUGUUACAAGAGGACUUGCAGUGCGCAUGUGGAAAGGGUACCGUGAUGCAGAAGUUGGUUGGAUACAGACUGUAGAAGACCUUCAGGAGAGGGAAAGUGAGAAGAUGGAUUUUUCUCCUUUUGGAAACGCACAGGGGCCAAGCAGAGUAGCUCAGUUCCUUGUGAUCUAUGCUCCAAGGAGAGGCAUUCUGGAAGUGUGGAGCACGCAGCAAGGGCCUCGGGUUGGAGCCUUCAACGUGGGAAAAUAUUGCAGGCUGUUGUAUCCUGGUUAUAAAAUAAUGGGUCUAAACAACGUGACCAGUCAAGGGUGGCAGCCCCAGACUUACCAGAUAUGCCUUGUUGACCCAGUCUCUGGAAGUGUAAAAACUGUCCAUGUACCUUUCCAUUUAGCACUGAGUGACAAAAAGAGUGAGCGAGCAAAGGACAUGCAUCUAGUGAAGAAGUUAAAUGCUUUACUCAAAUCUAAAACUUCAGAUUUGAUUGAAGCUGAAGCAAAGGAAUUAAUACUUGAUAUCAAAUACCCUGCUACAAAGAAGCAGGCUCUGGAAAAUAUAUUGACAAGUGAACGUGUGCCACUUUCAUCUCUCACCAACAUCACUCAGACAUUAAUGGAUAAUUUAAAAAAACAGGAGCUUGAGUGUGUGGAUGAAGGACUCCUGCAAUUCUGUGCAAACAAGUUAAAGCUGUUACAUCUUUAUGAACUAGUUAGCAAACUAAAUUCCCAAAGCACUCAGAAAGACACUUCGCACUCAAAUAAUGACUUGGCUAAACUGCUUCGUCUGGAAGAAAAAGAUUUUCAUAGACUCGAAACUUUACUGGAGAACUACAAGAAAGAAAACACUGAAACUACUGUUCAGUUUACUGACGAGAAGGAUGAUAUAUUGUCUGUGAAAAUGUUCCUGGAAUAUUUGGAAUAUGAAAAGGAUGUGAUUAAUGUGAAAAAUUUGGAAGAUGGAGAAUAUGUGGCUUUAGGCAGAUUUUUCUUCUGGAAGUGUUUGUGUGGGGAGAGUUCCACAGAGGAAAUGUGUCGUGCAUUGGAAUCAGCAGGUUUUAGCCCUCAAAUCUUGUUGUCACUUCUUCUGAAUUUAUGGCUUUCCAAGGAAAAAGAUAUCUUAGACAAACCAGAUUCAGUCAGUUGCCUUCACACUAUGCUGUCACUUCUGAGCACAAUGAAAGUUGCAAUAGACGAGUCGUGGGACACCCAGUCGGUUUCCCCCUGGUGGCAGCAAAUGCGGACAGCUUGCCUUCAGGCUGAAAAUAAUGCGGCUGCCUUGUUAUCUGCUCACGUUGGGCAUUCCGUAACUGCACAGAUAAUUGACAGUGUGACAGAGAAAAAAUUUUCCCAACUAAUGGUAGGUUCGGACACAGAAUCCUGGGAAGCACUUUCCCUUGACACCGAAUAUUGGAAACUUCUGUUGAAGCAGUUAGAGGAUUGUCUGAUACUUCAAACGCUGCUGCAUAGCAAAGUGAGCAAAAGGACAAAAAGAGUUUCAUCUCUCCAGACGGAGCCUUUGGGCAGGCUUUCUGUAAAGAAACUGCUUGAAGCAGGAAAAGGAGGUAUUGCGGACAUUGUAGCAAAGUGGGUUUUUAAGCAAGGCUUCAAUCCUCUUGUACUGAAUUUGGCCCAAUACAAACCCAACACAGAUAAUACCGAGGAAUCUGUAGAAAUGCAUACUAAUAUCUUUCUUGAGGAACCAGAAGUAGAUGCAGACUUGGAAAAAAUCCUAGAGCUCCUGCAACUGGCCUAUCAGCAAUUUCCAUGUAGUCUCGAAGUGGAUGUCCUUCACGCACAUUGCUGUUGGGAAUAUGUGGUGCAGUGGAAUAAGGACCCAGAGGAAGCAUGUUUUCUCAUUAGAUCUAUAGAGCAUCUAAGAUGCAUCAUGAAUGCUCACAUUCAGCACGGGAUCGCUCUGAUGAUGUGGAACACGUUCAUAGUAAAAAGGCUUUCCUCUGCUACAUACCUAAUGGACAAGGUUGGAAAAGCUCCAAAGGACAGAUUAUGCAGACGGGAUGUAGGUAUGGGUGACACCGCAACGACGGCUUUUCUUGGCUGCUGUUCAGAUCUUCUGCAAACAUUGCUAGAGGCUGACGUUAGCAGUGACGAAAUGCAGGCUCCUGCCUUGGACACUGAAGAUGCUUGGGUGUCAGUAGAAGGACCCGUAUCGAUCGUAGAACUCGCCCUCGAGCAGAAACGCAUUCACUACCCACUCGUCGAACACCAGUUUGUGCUGUGCACUAUCCUGUAUGCCAUCAUGAGGUUUUCUUUGAAGAGUGUGAAGCCUCUUUCACUGUUUGAUAGCAAGGGCAAAAACGCAUUUUUCAAAGACCUUACUUCAAUUCAGCUGCUACCUAGUGGGGAUAUGGAACCAAAUGUGUUAUCCAUACGACAACAGUUCCUGAUCAAAGUUGUGAGUGCAGCAGUUCAAACACUGUGUUCAUCACAAAAGGACAAAGAUGUCUCAGAAGAGGAAUUAUUUCCUUUUGAAAAGGGGAAAAAUUGGCCAACCUUGGCCGUGGACCUGGCUCAGUAUCUUCAAAUCUCCGAGGAUGUGGUCAGGAGGCACUACGUCUGUGAACUGUAUAGUUAUGGGAUGGAUCAUCUUGGAGAAGAGGCCUUUCUUCAGGUGACUGACACAGAAGUGCUUGCGUCACAGCUGCUCGUAUUGGCUGGGCAGAGACUGGCUUUCGCUUUACUUCAUACGCAGACAAAGGAGGGCAUGGACCUCCUCGCUCGUCUUCCCACAACACUGUGUACUUGGCUCAAAGCUAUGGACCCCCAGGAACUUCAAACUGCAGAAGUGCCAAUUGCAACAACCGCUAAGCUAGUCAACAAAGUCAUAGAGCACUUACCAGAGAAUCACGGGCAGUACAGCCUCGCCUUGAACCUGAUCGAGGCCGUGGAAGCCAUCGCGUCGUGA